AAUUAAUUCAUUUAUUUUUAAUUUAUUGAUAGAUAAUAAUUUUUUCUAAAUUUUUUUAUUUAUUUUCUAUUUAAUAAUAAAAAUAUGCAUUUAGAAACUGCUAAAAUGUCUGAUGAAGAACUUGAUGAAGCAAUAACAAAUCAUUUAAAAAAAUUGGAUGCUUUACAAAUUGUGAGUGAAUAUAUGAUUGAAAAAUCUGAUAAUCCAACAAAUUCACCAGGUGAUUGGUGUGAUAAUGAAAAUCAAUGUUUAAAUUCAAAAUAUAAAAAUUUAUUAAAUAUUACAAAAUCAAAUCAACAAAAAAGUAUAUGUUAUUCAAAUGAUAAAUGUCAAGAAGAUAAUGUUGAUUUAAAAAAAACAAAUUUACUUAUUAAAAGUCGUAAUUAUCUUGCUGAUUAUCAAGAAAUUCAUCAUGGUACACCAAAAAAUGAAUAUACAUUUUCAUCAUUGGUUAAAUUAAUGAGUCAAAUAACUGGAAAAUCAAUUUUAGUUCUUCUUUAUAUUGUUGCAAAUGCAACACUAGUUGGCGAGUUUGGAAUAUUUUUAUUGAGAUUUAUUCUUGAUAAAUUAGUCAACAUUCAAAAGACAAAUGAUCAUCAUCAAAUUGCAAUAAAAUUUGCAAUUUUUUCAUUAGAAUUAAUUGGAAUUUAUAUGUGUCUUUAUUUUAUUUUUGGAUAUAUUUGGAAUCCAAUUAUUGAAAUGGUUGUAGAAAUAAUAUUCCAGGUACUUUUUUAGAAUUUUUUUUUUCUAUUUCUCAAAUAAACAAUAUAAAUAAAUAUUUUUUUAAAAAAUCCAAACAA